CAUAGCCACCAACUUUACAAAAGCCAGUUUCCAGGAAGAAGCCCUUCUGCUCUUACCAAGUUAAAAAACACCAAAUUGGGCGCCGAACCAAGUUCAUGCACCUCUCCGUUUCUUCUCUCUUUCCAUUCAUAUAUAAACACAUUCGCCCAUCUUCCUCUUCUAUUGUACCUCUCGAUCAAAGUUCAAACCCCACUACCCAAAAUCUUUCUCUAUCUCGCUUUUCCUUUCGAAAGCUUUUUUUUUUUUUCUGUAAUGGAAGCAUUGAACAUGUGUUCUACUUCUUCAGAAUCUUCUUCAUCUGAGUCUUCUUUUAAUGACAAUUCUACACCAAGAAAGGGGAACAAAACGGAGCGUAUAAAAGGUCCAUGGAGUGCAGAGGAGGACCGGAUUCUCACCCGCCUUGUUGAGCGACACGGACCCAGAAAUUGGUCCUUAAUAAGUAGAUAUAUUAAUGGGAGAUCAGGUAAAUCAUGUAGGCUUAGAUGGUGCAAUCAGCUAAGCCCAAACGUGGAACAUCGUCCAUUUUCUCCAGCUGAAGAUGAGACCAUUUUGGCCGCCCAAGCUAGGUACGGUAAUCGGUGGGCAACCAUUGCUCGAUUGCUACCAGGUCGAACUGAUAAUGCGGUGAAGAACCAUUGGAACUCGACAUUGAAGAGAAGGACAAGAGAACAGCAGCAUCAAAUGACGAUGGAGAGUACUAUUGAUCAUAACAGCAUUAAUGAAGGUGGUGGUGUAGCAGCAGCAGCAACAUCAGGAUCUGGAAGGUGCAUGGCGGUAGGAGAAGAAGAAGAGGAAGCGUUGACUGCGUUGACUCUGGGGCAGCCGGGGAUUGGUGGUAGUGGUGGUAUUUGUAGCGGUAGCAGUGAAAUGGAAACGGAGAGGGGAGUGGAUAAUUUUCCAUCUGGGUUUUGGGAUGUGAUGAGGAAUGUGAUUGCGAGGGAAGUGCGAGAUUAUAUGAGUUCUACUGUAAAUGAGACUACAUGGGGUUUUCAUUAGCUGAAACAAACUGCUGGUGUUGUUUUUGUUGGGUUUAGUUAAUUUCCUGUUUGUUAAUAGGAAUUUUUUUUAUGUAUUUUCCGAUCCUUUUCACAAGGAGUCCAAAAUAUAAAAAGAUUAUGAAUGUCUCAAA